GACAAACAGCGACAAAUGGCGCCAUCUUGUGACAGACAUACAUUACUGUAUCUGGCUUUCAGUCCUCUGGCUAGUCAUGUGUUGGAGAAGAUGAUGAAGAUGAUCUGCAGCAUCCUGCUGCUCAUCAUCCUGACCUCCUGUGUCUCUGGAACAUUUGUAGUGAAUGUGACCCAGACCUCCUAUCAGGCAGAGGAGAACCACGACAUCACACUGGAGUGGACCUUCACAACCAACCCUCACAGUUCCUCCAACUAUCUUAAUAUCUUAUGUGAACUGAUAACUGAUCUCAAAAAUCAAACCCUGUUUCGUCUCCAUAAAGGAGUUGAGGUCCCAGAGUCUCAGGAUGAACAGUUUGCAGGACGAGUCCAGUGGGACAAAGACGUCCUCAGAGAAGGACGACUCAGACUUCAUGUGUCCAGACUCAGGACUGAAGACUCGGGACUGUAUGUGUGUAAAGUGUUCACAAGUUAUGGGAGUAACUCUGGUAAAUGUUGGCUCAAUGUCACUGCAGCUGCUGAUGAGCCAAAACCUCAGACACCAACAGUGAGACCAGAACCAGAGAGUCUGGGAAACAUCUGGAUCCUCCACUCUGAACUGGUAGCAGUGAACUACGCUAAACUGGCAGCAAUGAUAGCAGCACUUCUACUGAUGCUCUGUCUAAAACGACUCUGUCUUAAAUUCUUGUUUGACUAAAUCUACAGAUAAUAAAAUAAAUCACCUACAGUUUACAGAUGUCGAGUUUAUCAGAGAAAGGAGCCAUCAGGACUAACAGCACCCAGUCUGGAGGACCCUCUUUAAAUGAGUCAUCAGAGCAUAAAGUCACAGUCAUAAAAACUAAAUCAGACUCCUAGAGUCUCUCCUCCUUCUUUUCUUAGUGUCAGAAAACUAUUUGAUAUAAAAUGUUGUUAUAUUUUUAUAUUUUAAAUGAUGUUCAUGUUACUACAGGUUUGAGUUUAAAUGAAGUUGACAUGUUACAUCAUGUUUUGUCUUCUUCUAGUUGUGUAAUUACUUGCAUCAAUAUAUUAUGUCAUAUGUUACUUAUAAUGUUCUUUCUUGUGUUACCUGUCUAGGCACUACUGAUGUAAAUUAGCAUUAAUGCUAACUCCAGCAUGUUAACAUCUUGAUGUUCAUUAACGAGUUCUGUCCAUGUUCAGUUACUAUGAAUUUAAAUGAAGUUAUUACAGCAGAAAUGACUAAUGUCAGUGUAAAUAAUGCUUUUGUUGAGUGAAGGGUUUUGCAGUUUUUAAAUAAUCAAGGAAUCAAACUUGCAUCUGAGAUAUGAUUUGGUGUUUUACUACAACAGAAAAUGGAAA